AUGCACCCUUUCUGUGCAGCUAGGCCCCUCUCUCCUCCAUGCCUUCUUUCUCUCUUCCCCCUCCCCCAAUCCAGUCUCUGCUUCAUCUUUUCCCCACCCCACCCCUCUCUUCCCAAACCGCUCUGGGUAAGGGCAGGGCCUUACUCUCCCCCUCUUUUCUCCCUCCCUCACAUGCCUACCCCCUUAGCCCUCUCUGCAGCGGCGCAAGGCCCUUCCUCCAACCCUCAUCCUCUGCGCCGCUUCUCCUAUCGCGAGCUACAGCAGGCGGCUGGGUACUGGGCAACGC